AAAUCAUCAUUGUUUAACUACGUAUCAUCUCAACUCGUCUCUAAAAAACUGUCUACCCCCUCUUUUAAUUUUAUUUGUUGCUUUCAUGUGAUUUGUCCGUUGAUACACUGUGAAUUUAAAUAGUUGUUUCUGUGUAAAUACAUUUAUUAAUUCAAAUCGAUUGAGGUAAUUAAAUUUAUAGUGUUUGAAAAUGUCUGCUUUAUUCGCCGGUUAUUUAGAAAUCUUAGACAAGAAAUUGCACGAAAAAAAUUGCAAGGUUAACGAAUAUUUUGAAAAAGCUGAGCAAGCUACCGGAGUUAAACGUGUUUACCUAGCUCUUGGUCUUAUAGCAAUAUGGGCCUUGUACAUGAUUUUAGGCCAUGGUGCAGAAUUAAUCUGUAAUGCAAUAGGAUUUGCAUACCCAGCUUAUGUUUCGAUGCACGCUAUAGAAUCCAGCAACAAAGAAGACGACACACGAUGGUUGACUUAUUGGGUUACAUUUGCUGCCUUUUCCUUGUUAGAGUUCUUCUCUGAAAUCAUUUUGGAUUUUGUUCCAUUUUACUGGCUUUUGAAGUGUUUGUUUUUAGUUUGGUGCUUUGCUCCCAUCUCAAACAAUGGUUCUCAAUUCUUGUAUCAUCGAUUCAUCAGACCUGUGUUUAUGAAGCAUAAGGGUGCUAUUGAUGAUACUCUUAAUAAAGCUGCCUCUGGUGUUGCAGGAUUAGCCAAAGAUGCUUCAGCUGCAGGUAAGGUGCUUGCUGGUGCUAAAACUGAUUAAUUGCACAUUAACUUCACUGAAUGUGCACUCUCUAACAGGGGACAUGAACUUUUAGGAUUGUUUCAUUGUUGCAAAUUUGCUGAGCAACAACAAUGUAUUAGAGUUCAUUUUCCUAUUUGCUGUAGAAGGGGAUUUUCUUUUUCAUCAUUGUAAAUAAAUUACUUAAAUAUUGUGAUAUUGUUGCUAAAUAAAUUUGCUGUAUGUGCCAUUAUGUAUAAAUUUAACAGCUUUUAUUUCUUUUAAAGUAAUAGAUUUACUGCAAAUUUACGAAUGAUAAAUUUUUCUAACACACUAACUUUGUUGAAUCCAUCCUAUUUCAAAGUGAAAGGAAAUUAUGUACUGCAAAUCAAAUGCACAUUAUAAUAUGUAUUCACAUAUUUUACUCUUUAUUACAUUAUAAUCUAGUUAUAUGCUUGUAAUUGUAUCACAUAUCUUUGUAAUAAAUUUAAUUUUAAGCUAAAA